GAAACUCGAGCCGACCACAUGGCAGCAGCAGCCACAGCCACAGCCACAGCCCCAGUCGCCAACAAUCACAGCCCGAAGCUGUUCAUCAGUCGCGCCAGCAUACAGCUGAAGCAUAAGCCACCAACACAUCAGCCGCCGGCCCCUCUCAUCUACGAAUGGCGCACACAGGUUAUCAAAGAGGCCGAGGAAGCGCCCGUCGAGUGCAUUAAGCAAAACGGCAGCAACAAUGCGGCAGCAGCAGCUAUGCCCCCGACGUCGCCGCCCAAGUUUACAGCCCCACGCAUCGAAGGUAACGAGGCCACCAAACGCAAGAAUCUGCCGCAAACGCUGUGCAACUUCUUUGAGGCCGAGCGACAUGACAGCGCCUGGAAUCGCGUGACUAAGUGAGAUAAAAAUGCAAACGGAAAUUGAAAGUACUUGUGCAUAUAUAUAUAUAGUAUACGUAUAUAUAUAUAUAUAUAUGUGCAGUUGUAUGACAUAUUAACCCACUAAGUGCCAGGCAGACUUUAAGGCAACUAUUGUUAAGCGUUAAGCUAUAAGUUUUAUAAAUAAAUUGCAAAUGCAAAUUAAACGCUAUGCUAACUUUU